AUGUUUAAGAAUAUAGACUUUAAUGUUUGGAGUGGCGCGGUGCGGACGGUGGUGGCGCUGGACAGGGAGGCGGCGCGCGGCUACUGGCUGUCCAUCAUGGUGUCCGACGGGGGAGCGGCGCCCCUCACCGACACCUGCCACGUCUUCGUGGAGGUCGAGGACGUGAACGACCACAUGCCCCAGACGGAGGAGCCCGCCUACCACACCUACGUGGCCGAGAACCUGCCGCCAGACACCUCCGUCAUAGCGCUGCGGGCCUCGGACGGCGACCUGGCGCCCUCCAACAUCUCCUUCGCCAUCACCAAAGGGAACCAACUGGCGCGCUUCAAGAUACACCCGCAGACAGGCGCCCUCACAACCCUGGUGCCCCUGGACAGGGAGGAACAGGCAGAGUACGAGCUGUGGGUGCGGGUGAGCGACGGCCAGCUGUCCUCCGUCACCCCGGUCUUCAUCACCGUGAGCGACGGCAACGACAAUCCGCCCGAGUUCCUGGAGCCGCUCUACCGCGUCACCGUCCCCGCCCGCAGCAAGACCAAGAAAUGGGAGGCGCUCUUCAGGGUAAGUGGCCCCCUGCCUGAAGGCUUACACGCUCUUUAUCUCUCAUCACAAACAGUAUCAAAGUGAAUGUGGGGAAGUAUUUAGAGCCCGCAUUCUUAUACUCUCUCUUCUCUCAUCUCAAACAGUCUCUCACGCCAUUGUGGGAGUUUGAAAGUAAACGUAGGGAAGUAUUUAGGUAAGUGGCCCCCUGCUUAAAGGCUUACACGCUCUUCUCUUAUCAUAAUAGAGUCUCAUCUCCGACUUCAGGAGUUUGAAAGUGAAUGUGGGGGCACCGUUGCCAGAUUAUCGUACUCAGAGCCUCGUGUUUACCGGUUUCUGAGCCAUAGCUAUUGACAAAAAAAAACAAUAUAAUGAACCAUUUUAACGAUGACUAUGUAUGAGGGCAGUUGUUGGGGUAGAGGAGGCAGUUUUGGGGUCGAAAAUCGGCAAACAUAGCAGGCUGAGUACGACAAUCUGGCAACGUUGUACAGUGGGGGAAGUAUUUAGGGCCCGGAAGGCUUUCACUCUCCCCUUUCUCGUUAUAAACAGUCUCAAAAGUGAAUGUGGGGAAGUAUUUAGGGCCCGGAAGGCUUUCACUCUCCCCUUUCUCGUCAUAAACAGUCUCAAAAGUGAAUGUGGGGAAGUAUUUAGGGCCCGGAAGGCUUUCACUCUCUCUUUUCUCGUCAUAAACAGUCUCAAAGUGAAUGUGGGGAAGUAUUUAGGGCCCGGAAGGCUUUCACUCUCUCUUUUCUCGUCAUAAACAGUCUCAAAAGUGAAUGUGGGGAAGUAUUUAGGGCCCGGAAGGCUUUCACUCUCUUUUCUCGUCAUAAACAGUCUCAAAGUGAAUGUGGGGAAGUAUUUAGGGCCCGGAAGGCUUUCACUCUCUUUUCUCGUCAUAAACAGUCUCAAAGUUAAUGUGGGGAAGUAUUUAGGGCCCGGAAGGCUUUCACUCUCCCUUUUCUCGUCAUAAACAGUCUCAAAGUUAAUGUGGGGAAGUAUUUAGGGCCCGGAUUCUCACACGACCUCUUA